AUGAUAAAAGAGUGUGGUUACCUGGCUGACCAGUGCUGGAAUGGAGGCUGUGUCUACCUGAUCAUGCUGCGGAGAGUCAAACGAAAGGCCCCCCUCCCUCCCUGUGAUGUGAAUGGCAUGGUCAGUCCUCCUGUCUGCAGUGACAGGUGUGAAGACCAGCAGCUAUCCAGAGCUGCCCCUCAGCUCUCUGACGCACCAGCAAACUGCAAACGCACAAGAAAGUUUGGUGUCAUAUCACGAUCAUCCUUUAACCGAGACAACAGGGACAGUACUGGCUCAGAGCUCCAGAGCUGCUACAAUGGUUUCAGUUCUUCUGUUCCCGCUGAUGCAGAAGUCAGUUCUCCAGGUGAGGAUGCAGGUUACAUCCUCUCCACACAUACACCCACAGAAGAAAGCCCAGACACCCUUCUUCAGGUGAGAGCACUUCCUCAGCAUCUGCAUAGUGGAAGCACCGCCACCCUGCCAGCGAGGUGUCACAGUCAGCCGUCGAAAUGCAAAAAGGAUUCGUUCAGCAGUGAAUCUUCAAGCCAGCCCAGAGAGGGCAGCAACAUCUGGAAGAUGCAUAUGGUGAAAGGUCAGGAGGGCCUGGGCAUACAGAUAACAGGGGGGCGGGGCUCCAAGCGCUCUCCUCAUGGCAUCAUUAUAGCUCAUAUAGAGGAGGGGGGUGCCAUUCACAGGGACGGGCGUCUUCAUGCUGGUGAUGAGCUGCUGAUGAUAAAUGGUGAGUCUCUGUUAGGUCUCACUCAUCAGGAGGCUGUUGCUAUUCUCCGCUCUACUACUGGUCUGGUCCAACUGGUGGUGGCCAACAGGGAGGAGUCAGAAGUGGGUUUUGAGCGCUUCCCUUCUACCAGUCUGCCAGACCUGGUCAGCACCUGCAGUUCCUCGUCCUCCCUGUCUCACACUGCUGUCCCUCGUUCACCGCAGACUUCCAACAGCAGCACGAGUCUGCACAACCCCUUCCUGUUUUCUAACCUGAAAAAACUCGAAGAACAAAGUCAGGUAGAGGCACCCAAAGGAUCCUGCAGCAGCCCUACACCCAUGAAGCUCUGCAGUCGAUCCCAAGGGGGGAGCAGUCGCCUGGAGUCAGUGGGUGAGGAUGAUGAGCUGUUUGUGGAGAACGGUGUGAGCGGCUGUGAAGUGGUCGAGAAGCCUCCACCUGGCCGACGUAAACACUCUCUACCUCAACAACUAGAUACUGCUGGAGUGAGACAGGAGUAUCAGAUAAUUAAGAAAUCAGCCCGCUCCCUGAGCACUGUUCAAGUGGAGUCUCCAUGGCGACUGGCACAGCCAUCUAUUAUCUCCAGCAUAGUGCUGAUGAAAGGCCAGGGCAAGGGCCUCGGAUUCAGUAUUGUUGGUGGGCAGGACUCAGCACGUGGUCAGAUGGGGAUUUUUGUUAAAACCAUUUUUCCUCAUGGAGCUGCUGCAGCUGAUGGACGGUUGAAAGAGGGAGAUGAGAUUCUGGAAGUGAACGGAGAGUCUCUCCAAGGACUCACACACCAACAGGCCAUCCAGACCUUCAAGCAACUGAAAAAAGGUGUCGUGACACUGACAAUUCGCACUCGUCUGCGCAGUCCCAGCCUGACACCCUGUCCGACCCCCACCCUCCUCAGUCGCUCCAGCUCACCCAACUCCAACACCAGUGGAGGAACACCUGUCCCCUCAGGGUUUGAAGAGGCUGAUAGCCGCAAGGGCCCGGUUCCCGGUCCGAAAGACUGCGUCAUCAUGGAGGUCACCCUUAAUAAAGAGCCUGGUGUUGGUCUGGGGAUUGGAGUUUGCUGUCUGACCUUGGAAAACUCUGCUCCUGGCAUCUACAUCCACAGCUUGGCACUGGGAUCUGUGGCCAAGAUGGAUGGCAGGCUCAGUCGAGGAGAUCAGAUACUGGAGGUGGACUCAGUCAGUCUUCGACAUGCUGCUCUCGGUGAGGCUUAUGCCAUCCUCAGUGAAUGUGGCCCAGGAUCAGUCAGUCUCAUUAUAAGCAGGCACCCAAAUCCUAAGGUUUCAGAACAGGAGAUGGAUCACAUUAUAGCUCGAUCCACACACAGGGACAAAAUGAGCAGGAACAGACACUCAACUCACUCCCAAGGUCUGUCCAGUAAGAGCCCCUACCCAACGAUGAAGGACAGACAGGGAAGUGGCUCGCCUGCUCUCAGCUGGACCAUGAAGAGAUUCCUUGAGCCUGCCAGCAGACAGGGGUCCCUGAGCUCUGAGACAGAGUUAUCUCAGUACUUCUCCCAGGACGUGUCCAGCCACUCGUUCCUGUCUGACUCCAUGCUCAUGGGCUUGAACAGUGACGAGGCUCUCCACCAGCAGAGGUGCAGUACGUCCAUGGAUGACAGCACGUCACAGACACAUGCAUUCACCCCCUCCCUAAUAGAGGUGGAGAGUGGUCCUGUGUACAACACUUCACACGACAAGACCCCUGUUCCUCUUGAUCACCAUGGAGAGGAAGUUUGCCAGCCCAUUGCCGUCUCUAGCCCCACUUCAGUGCGAAGCCCACUUCUCCGCCAGCGACGAGUGAUGUGUUUUGAGGAGGAGUUCAGUGAUGAAGAGGACGCUGGAAACACUGAGCACUCCCACAGACCAACAAAAUCUGAUUCUGUUAACUUAAGUGAUGCCCAAACUUCCCAGUUUUCCAAAACUGAUUCAAUGGUUGAUGUUGCUACAUCUGUUACAUCAUCAUUAGAUGUGGAUGGGGACAGUAAAGAUGGUGGGGAUUUAAAGAGGUGGGGAAGCAAUGAUAUGACAACACCACUCAAUGGAAGUUUCUUACAGCAAGUGGAAAGUAUUACCAAUAAGUCAAAGUCACCUGGUUCUGAGUCGCCCUUUAUGCCCAUCCGAUGUCACUUAGAUGAAAAAGCAGGGUUGGCAAGCAGUACGAGCUCUGUGCCCAGUAAUUUGACCAUCAGUAGUGAGAGCCAUACAAAUCCAGAUGAUGGACAGUUGGAGUCCAAGCGCUCCCCCAAGCUUGAGCAUAAAGCAGUUACGCGGGUCAAAAGUAUGAUGAGCAUUGAAGCCCCAAACCUGCUCCAGCAGCCAAAGUCCAAAGUUGAUGAGCUCUCUCUGUCACAGCCCUUAUCCCAGCCUACACAGUGUGGGAAAAGCCCUGGGGUUGCUGGUGGGUCGAUAUCCCAUCAGCAGUGUAAGAAGGGAGAGAUCAGUGAACUAGUGGGUGUUUGUGCCAUUGACACUGUGACCCUGCGGAGAAGUGAAGAUGAGUCUUUCGGGCUUGACCUGGAGAUUAUGUCGUCCCCUCUGAAAGUUGUCAUCACAGGGUUGAAGCCUGGAGGUGCAGCAUCAAGGGGAUCUUCAGCCCUGCUGUGUCCUGGAGAUGAGAUUGUAAAAAUUGGAGAAAAGCUAGUGUGCUCUUCAAGUUACCAGGAAAUCUGUGAGCUGAUGCACAACCUUCCUAUGACACUGUGCUUAGAGGUCAAGAGACCAGUUUCAGCUGUAGAUCAACUGUCCAGUUUGAUAAUGUCAUCAGGGAGCAGUGAAGGAGCCAUCAGACGGAAUCCAGCCAGAGCUGCUCAUGGAACAUCUGAUGAAGGACAAAUAAUCUGUGCAAAUUCAGGGAACCACACGACCCACACAGAUCAUGACUUUCACAUACCUGUCACCAAUAUAGAUGACAUUUUAUUAGAAGUGAGCCCCUGUGGUGAUAAAAAUAUACGCAUGAAUCCCCCCUACAAGACCUCAUUAAAUGAGCCUAUAUCCUGCUGUUCAAGCCAACACACUGUGGCCCUGUGUGAAGAAACUGCCUUUCACGUUCCAACACAGCCCACUCCCCUGGACUGCUCCAUCCUGGAUGCAGGAAAUGAAAAAUUUGCCACACUCCCUGUGGAGACAUCACAUGUGAACCAACCAAAGGAAAAUUCUGGGUCUAAAAUCAUGUACCCCAUAGGAGAUGACAGUGAUUCAAACAGUGAAUCCACCGCUGACAGCAGCCUAAUGGUCAAUAAGAUAGUCAGCAGCGGUGCACAUCUUCAUGAGCUCUCUUCAGAUGAGGAAGAAGUGGAGAUUUUUUCUUGUGAUGUCCAGCAACCCCCUGCUGGUGGACAAUUUUAUUUAAGCCAGAAACUGAAAAUGUCCUCGCUCUUUCAGGAUGGCAGCAGUCAAGAUACAAACCUGACUCAGACCUGUGAUGGGGUGCAGGUUUCCUCUGAGGUCUCAGCGAGUAACAAAGAAAACUCUGUGACAACAAGCCAGUGCUUACAGCUUUCUCAGUUGUUCAGUGACUCCUCCACAGACCAACCACGCCACUCUUCUAAUGGUACAAUACCCAUGUCUUCUACAGAGUGCCACAUUAAUAGUGCCAUUCAAUCCUGUGACAGAGUAUGCAUAGCACCCACUUCUGGUAGCUUAAGCAUUUACAGCAGCCCUUCCCCUCAACAUGCCCCUAGUGUCACAGAGGGUAUGACUAAAAAUCUGCAUGCAGAUGCCUCGCUGACAUCAGAUUUACAGAAGCAUUUGAACAGAAACCUAUCCCUCUUGCCUUUAAUGGAAUCAGAGGCCUCAUGUUCACACAUUAGUAGAUCAGACACAAGAGUGCCAGCAUCAGUGACAAACAAAGAAAAAGUAUUAAAAUGUAGAACUAAUUUAAACCCCAAUGCUACCUCAUCACUUGCCAAGACCACUAGCCCAAAAUUAAAGAAUGAUUCAGACUGUUCUGUGUGGAGCAGUAUCUUUAAACUUCAGGUUGAAUCUCAAAUCAGACCAAACACUGCUCCCAAACUGAAAGGCCUAAGUAUUAAGAGUAAGAACAAACCACAGGAAGAGCCCCUCCAAAAACCUACCAGAACUGAAAGUCAGUUUUCUUCAAACACCUUUUCCUCUUUGACCCAGUCAGCAAAAUUAUCACAAGUGACAGACAUGUCCAGUUGUUCGACAGCCAAUAACCAGACUGAUAUAAACAGCUGCCUUGCUUUGCCAAAAGUUAGUGACAUAAGUCAAGUUACACCUGAGCACAGGCUUGCAGAUGGCCCAUUACAAACUGUGCAACAAGCCAAAGAGAAUGGCAUCCAAUUAGGUUCCAAUGCAACAGCCAAACCACAAUCACUCCAACAUUCCACUCAGAGAACAUUUAUAGAAGUUAAGCUGUCUUCCUUAUCUGGUUCAUCCUCAGCACUGCUGACACACUAUGAAAAAGGUCAUUCAGAAGAUUCUAAGCACACUCAAAGAGGCACACAUGCAAGUUUAUCACCAAUGCUUUGUCCUGACAUUUCCACAGAAGAAAAAACAAAUGCCAAGGUCUGCAACACAGGAUUUAAUUCAACCACAAGUAAUAGCUCAAACCCAACUUAUAUUGUGGAGACAAGUGACACCCUAAAGUCCAGCACAUCCAGACUGUACAUAAAGACAAUGGAAAGGCGAAGUUUCUCAACAGACAACACUUUGUCAGCAGACUACAACCCCUUCUCUGUCCGACACAAGAUAAAGUCUUUUGAAAACCUGGCUCACUUUGACAAGCCUGUGGCUAGAAACAAUGACAUUCAGUCAUAUGCUCUGGCAUAUAGAGCCUCACUUAACCAAAGGAUUGCUGGUUAUAUUGGUUUGGUUAAUUCUAUUGGCUCUCGGACACGGCAAAGGGGUCUUACCUCUUAUGUGGUGACUCAAACCCCUACCACACCCUGCUCACCUUUUCUUGGUAAACCCAGGUCUAGCAUUACACCGAUGAACCUUGAGUAUCCAGAUACAAGCUGCAACAUAACUCCACUGUUGGAGGACAAUCCUGAGGCUGGGGUUCAAAAUAUGCCAGAUGGGAUUACUUCACAGACCCCUCCGGUGCUGCGGAGGAAACAUGGCAAACUUCCCCGCAGCAGGAUGCAGCAGCUCAGGGCUCUCAGUAUGCCUGAACUGGAAAAGCUAUGCACAGAGGACUUUGCUAGAGAGCAUGGUACAAGCAUAGAUAAAACUGAGCCAGGAAUCCAUCCUACAAGUCUUUCGAAGGCCACAGGAACUAAGAGAUGUCCACCCUCUGCAACCCUGACAAAAGUAGAUGUUAACAUGGUGAACCAAGGUGAGCCUGGAUCCACAGAGGAGACUCCUCAGAGACCCUCCGAGACCCAUGGACAACAGCCCAGCUGGUCAAUCAGUUUAAAGGAGCUGGCUACCUCUCCUGUGAGUCAGUGUAAGCUGCAAACACUGCUGCUCUCCCUCACAGCUAGAUCAUACGUGGAGUCCCUGCUUCAGGAGGCCAGGGCCCUCUCUGAGGUUAAUGUCAUAACUCAACUUGUGGUCCUGAGUAAAGAAGAGGGUUCAGGGCUUGGUUUUAGUAUUGCUGGUGGAGUUGACCUUGAGCAGAAGGCAAUAACUGUUCAUCGGGUCUUCACCAAAGGUGCAGCUAACCUCGAAGGCACGAUCCAGAGAGGUGACAGCAUUUUAUCCAUAAAUGGCACAAGUCUGGAGGGUAAAACCCAUGGAGAGGCUGUGUCCUGCCUUCACCAGGCCAGGCUGACCAGCCAAGCCUUAGUAGUCGUUUGGAGAGACAGUGAACUGAGUGCCUCUGAUAGACGUGACUCGGUCAGCCAGACAAACAGUGUGCAUUCUCCCAGGAAGUGUUUGGAAGCUGGGGCAGCGUUGGAUGGUGGUCCAGAUGGUGCUUUAAUGGUGGACCUUCAUAAGACCUCUGCUGGCCUGGGCUUCAGUCUAGAAGGAGGGAAAUCCUCAAGUCAUGGAGACAGGCCUCUCAUUGUCAAACGCAUCUUUAAAGGAGGCGCUGCAGAGCUGUCGGGGCUUAUCGAAGUUGGCGAUGAGGUCCUAUCUAUCAAUGGCUGUUCUCUGGAAGGUCUCAUGCACCAUGAUGCCUGGAAAAUCAUCAAAGCCACAAAUGACGGACCCAACCAACUUCUCAUUCGCAAGUGGAGUACCUGACUGUAAUGAACAAAAUAUGGAAACCUCCUGAAAAGGGACAAUGUGAAGCUGCCCCCAAAACAGGGUAUGGAUGAGCAGCAGAAACCAGGACACGUUUUUUUUCCCACUUUUUUAUAAAUUUUCUGAUGGACUCCAUUGGAGAUUUUGUGUUUUGUCUUGUUACCUGUGUUUGUAAUAAAAAUAGGUCAAUUGAUUGACCUUAUUAUUGUGGUGUAUAAUGCUGAAUUAUGAUUUAUUUCGGAUGGGAAGUGCAGUUUGUUUACAGUAGAUUUACUUUGGAAUGAUAAAAUAUGGUUCUUGGUUGUGCUUUCUUAAAAUAAAGUCACUUUGUGAAAA